AUGCUGUCUGGUGAUUCAUUAUGGGGUAUUUGGAUAAAAGCUAAUUUGCUUAAGAAGAAGAAUUUCUGGGAGGUGAAUGUAAAUACUCAGGCGGGGUCUUGGAUGUGGAGGAAAAUGCUUAAGCUUAGGGAAAUUGCCAAGUCCUAUUACAAGAUAGAAGUGGGUAAUGGUAGAAGUACUUCAUUUUGGUUCGAUAAUUGGAGUGACAAAGGCAUUCUCUAUGAGCUGUUAGGUGAAGGAGGUAUUAUCGCUAUGGGUAUUACCAAAGAUGCUUCAGUGGCAGAGGCUGUUGUGAGCACUAGAAGAAGCAGAAGGCAUCAUCGUAUGGUAGUUUUCCAGGAGGUUGAAAUUGAGUUAUCAAAAGUAGCAGAGAGGCUAAAUGAUAGUGCUGAAGAUAUUAGUCUUUGGAGGAGAGCUACGGGAUUUAAAGCCCAAUUCUCGACGAAGGAGACUUGGAAGCUGAUAAGAGUGGUGUAUCCUCAAAACAAUUGGGCUCGGAGUAUUUGGUUCUCGAAUGCUACUCCUAAGUAUGCGUUCAUGUCUUGGCUGGCUACUCUGAAUAGGCUCUCCACAAUGGACAGAGUGGGGAAAUGGAGCCAGGGAGUGGAUGAGAUAUGCGUGCUCUGUAAAAAUGCAGGUGAAACUAGAAAUCAUCUCUUCUUUGAUUGUUCAUUCUCUUCUCAGAUUUGGAGCUAUCUUAUGAGAGGUAUUCUGGGACACUCUUAUACAACUGAUUGGAAUGAAGUGCUAGAGUUGUUGGGUAGUACAGAUAGAGAUAAGAAGAAGGUGUUUUGCUUCAGAUAUGCCUUUCAAGCUAGUAUUCACAUGAUUUGGAGAGAAAGAAAUAAAAUCAAGCAUGGUGAGAAGCCUCUUCCUAUUGCUGUCGUAAAGAAGGUGCUUGAUAAAGGAGUUAGAAACAAGCUGAGUUUGAUGAGAUUUAAAGGAGGUAAAGGGUUGGAAGGCAUGUUACAAUACUGGUUUACCACAAGAGUGUAG